GCUUCCGGUAUUCCAUAGCAACGUUUACAUUCAAGCCGAACAGGUAUUAUUGACUUUGAAACGUUUUAAAUGUCUGAAGCAACUGAGGAUACCCCUAGGGAAGGGGAAAGUCAGGCAGAUGAUGCUAGAAGUCAGAAAAGUGGACCAAAGAGUCAACAGGGAUCCAAACCAGCGUCUCGGGCUGGUUCCGGUACCUCUAAGAAAAGUGGGAAAGGUGGGGAGGAGAAAAAACAGGAUGGUCCUUCGUCACCAAUAGCUUCGGCGAAGGACAAUCCUGCUGCAGACUGGCGCAACAUGAGGCGUAUCAUCGCAGAGGAUCCAGAAUGGUCGCUGGCUACGGUGCCUUUAUUGGUGGAGUUAACGCUAAAACACAUCAUAGCUAACUUUGAAAAUAAUUCGACAAUACUCAACAAAUUAUUACCAAAGCACAAAUCCAAAGUUCUUGAGAGGAUUUCCUGCGACAUUCCACUGAAGAUUACUGCCAACCUCAUUGAAGACGAGGGCUAUUGGAAACGGUGCUGUAAAGCAAGGUGGACCAUUUGCGACGUUGCAGCCUUUGGUUCCAGCUGGAAAAGAAUGUACUUUGAGAGAAAUUUACAGGAAAUUAUAGAACAAUUCGUCCCAGAAACAACAGACUUGACAAACCUGUAUGACACAUUGCCCUUGUCAGCAAAUUACGUGAAGAAGAUUGAUGCCCGUCAACUUCUACCACCAGUGCGGGAGGCACCAAAGGGCCCUGAUUUCGAUGAUGCCUCGGAUGCUGGCAGCGAUGCCGGUGACGAACCAGAGUGUGAUCAUUUUAACUUUGGCCCAGUACUUAAAAUGCUGCCCAACCUAGAGGAACUUCAUCUGACGUAUGGUGUCAAGGACUGUGGCAUGAACUUUGAAUGGACAUUGUUUCAGUUUACAGCCAGAGACUGUCUUCAGCUAGCACAGUGUGUUGCCGCAUGUAAACAGCUGAAAGUUUUCAGACUUCACAAAAGUAAAGUUGAUGAUGAUAAAGUGAGAGUUUUAAUCAGUCACAUUCUUGACCAUCCAAGCAUGGUCGAACUGGAUUUGUCCCACAAUUGUAUCGGGGAUCGUGGUGCUCGGGCGGUUGGGAAGUUCCUCAACAACCACAGCCAGCUUACGAAACUGAACCUCUGUGAUAACCAGAUCCGGUCCACUGGGGCCCAGGCAAUAGCCCACGCACUGACAAAGAACACAACUUUGUUGAGCCUCAAUCUCAGACUGAACAGACUUGGAGACGAGGGAGGACAGGCUAUCUGCAGAGCCUUGCAAAAGAAUGCCACUCUCACCGAGAUAAACCUUGGCAGCAAUGAGAUGGCUGAGCCCACAGCAGCCAUCCUCUCCCAGGUGGUCAUUCAGAACCUGACCCUCAGAUCUAUCGACCUGUCCUGCAAUAGACUGGGUCCGGAUGGGGGCAAGCAACUCCAGGAGGGAAUGGAGGAGAACUCGACCAUCACGGCGAUGGACCUCCGCCUCACAGACUGCGGCCAGGAGUCUGAGUAUUGCAUCAACCAGCGUCUCCAUGACAACAAGGAGCGGGAGCGCGCCAGCAUGCUCAACGAUAAUGCUGUCUUGGAGAAGAAGAUCAAGCCUCAGGCAGCCCAUCGAUUCAAGACCAAGUCCUCGCUGAUGAGCAGGGCUUAGAAUCAUGGUGGUGUACUUCCUGGACUUCACUGUGAUGCAUUUUGAAUGGUUGCUGAUAAGACGUUAUUGAAUUUCUGUUGUGAAUCGAAGUUUUGUUUUCUGACUGAUUAAACUGUUUUGUAGAAAUUCUGUUAUGCAAGGAACUAUUUAUUGUAUAUUAUUUAACACUGUGAUAAUUUUGUUCAUAAAUGAAUAUUCACAUUGCAUUGUGAUGCAAAUAAAGUGUUAUGUAUCA